AUGAGGAAGAGAAGGCGCCAUAGGGCAGGCGGUGACGGCAUCGGUGGCGUGGCUCGGAGCCGGUUGGAAGCCGCGGCCUCUGGUUCCGUGGCGAUCAUCGCUCAGCAGCUGUGCGUGAGCUACGCCCAAAGGAAUUCCAACUGGGACAACAAUCGCACUUCACUCGUGUCAGCGGUCGUGCGAUUGCGUCAGCGGACUCGACUCAUUUGGAGAAGGCGGCGACGGGAGCGUGACAAGAUGACCGAUUCUGAUCUCUGUUCCUCUACUCGUAAUACCUUCAACAAUCCAUCAUUUAUUCUUGUGUUGCCGUUGCUGACGUUCCGAGUGAAGGCAGCACCGCCAAGGACGGCGGGCGGCGUGGGCGCGCCGUUAUUAAAUGUGCUCACGAUUGAUAGGGCCGCGUUGAGAAGCGCAAGAGGGGGCUGCUGGACUCCACUUCUGCCAGCAGAUACAAUUAAUAUGUCUCCUACAGCUGAAAGUGAAAGUAUCACCCGUUUGGUUACAGACUCGCAAGGCAUA